UUGUAAUAGUUUCUUCAUCGAGAGAAGGGGUUUAAGAGAUGUAUUAUCAGUUGACAAAGUCCUCUUACAUGGACUCUUUGAAGAUUCUGGAGGCUGACAUAGAGCACGCCAAUGGACUGGCUGCUGAGAUUCCAAUGGGAAAGAGCGGUGUGAGACUUCAGAUGAAACUUGUUUGCAGCAAUUUGGCUCCUUUCUUCAUAUUCCUUCUUCAAUGGAUGGACUUCUCAUGUCUGCUUCCAAGAUACUUUGAUUUCUUCCACAUACUCAUCUACAAGGUUCGUUCUGAUGGGCGGUGGAAUCUCUCCAGGUACGGAAGGAAAGCUACAAUCAGGGAGUUCUACGGUAAGUCUAAUGAAAACGAUUGUGUUUUUGUUGCUAUUGGCAUUAGUCUUAUAGAACAAGGGCUUUGGCUAAGUGCAGGUGUUAUAUUACCAUCACUCGAGCGUCUUCAUAUCAACUUCUCUGACUUACCAAGCGACAGCUUAUGGUAUCCAAACCCAAAAGCCAUCACCAAGAAGUACGACACUGAAGGAAACAGAUUCAUGACCAACGGUGACUCGGAAAGAGAAGAGGAAUGCGGGAUCUGCUUAGAGCCUUGCACCAAAAUGGUGUUACCUAACUGUUGUCACGCCAUGUGCAUCAAAUGUUAUAGGAACUGGAACACAAAAUCUGAGUCAUGCCCAUUUUGUAGAGGCAGCAUCAAGAGAGUGAACUCAGAGGAUCUGUGGGUGUUGACGUGUGAUGAAGAUGUGGUGGAUCCUGAGACGGUCACUAAAGAGGAUCUUCUUAGGUUCUACCUACACAUCAAUAGCCUCCCUAAAGAUUAUCCGGAAGUUGUCUUCUUAGGCUACAACGAGUACUUGAUAUGAUGAUUUUAUCAAAAUAUCACACGGGUGGGGUGUACAGAGGGAGAGAAAGAUCCUAGACCUUUUAACAAAGUGUAUAUAAAGAAUCUGGUGAUCCAUGAUUUAAUCCUUCGUUUUUAGGUUUAUGAUAAUAAGAUGAUUGUCAUGAAAUAUAUGUGUACCCUUGUUAUGAAAUAUAAAAGAUAAGUUAUGAUCUCUG